GCACAACACGACCCAAAAUUACCCCUCUCCUGACUUAGGUAAUGUGGGCUAAGAGAAAUAGCACCAAACUGCUUAUACCUUUGGCCACAAAGGAAUGCUUUGGCAGCUCUGCUUGCUCCCAUGGUUUGUUAUCAGAGCUAACUGGAUGCUUCCCAAACCCCAGAAUGGCUCAUACAAGUUUUUCUUCAUCUGUGUGUGCGUUUGUGGUCAAGUCAGAAAAUCCGUGGUCCUCUUAUUAGCUGUUUGCAAGCCUAAUGGGUUCUAAAUGGUAUUCUCUUAACAGCCGAAGAGCAAUCAUCACAGAGCAGUUAUUGGCACGCAUGCAAACAGUGUGCUUGUUUUGUGAGCCAAAAGUAGGAGGCCAACAUCAUCCUAUAAACUUGGCAGUGCAAAACUGAAUUCAGGUUAUUCACACCACAGUCUCGUUUGCAGAUGUAAACUGAGCACCGCUGGACUCUGUCAGUCCAUUCAUUGCUCUAUAUGGAAACAUCUUCUGGCUCUUCAGAAGUUUUUGCAUUCCUCUCUUGGUUAAAUUUAAUGACAUCUAAAAUAUGUGCCCAUAGUGCUAGUACUUCAAAAUACACCAUCAGUUACUGAAGCUGCCACAUGUCCUGUGUGCUUUGUAUUAAUGAUUCAGUAGAAUUGCUCGUUGGGGGAGCUGAUGUUGGUAAGGUGUUGUGUUGGACAGCCAUAGGUGUUCCUCAGUAACACUUGGUGCCAGUGCCUGGGCCUGCUUUGGUCCAAAGCUGCCUUUUCUCUUUGGAGAAAAAUGUUUAAAAAUGUUGUGAUGACAAACAUUUGCCCAAACAGUCUUUUGGUCUUCGAUGAAACUUGGAGGAUUUCAAUGCAUUUGGUGCAAGCAAACCAAUGAUAUUCCAUACAUUUGAGUACUUGUUUUUGUUCUUUUUAAAGCUAAUUGGCUGGUGUGCUAAUAUCAGAAAGGAACACAGUUCUUCUGCAAUUAUUUGAUAAACGAUGAAGGUUCUGUUACUGAAGGACCCCAAAGACAAAGAGUCGGGACCAGAUCCAUAUGUGAAAGAAUUAGGAUUGUAUGGAUUUGAAGCAACUUUGAUUCCAGUUUUGUCAUUUGAAUUUGUAUCUCUUGAAGACUUGUUUGAAAAGCUUUCUCAUCCAGAGCGUUACAGGGGCCUCGUUUUUACCAGUCCAAGAGCAUUAGAAGCCAUCAAGAUAUGUUUAAGAGAGAAUAGUAAAAAUGAAACAUGGUCAAAAGCUCUUAAACAACAGUGGAAUACCAAACCAACAUACGUGGUAGGAAAGGCUACAGCUUCUCUUGUGGAAGAAAUUGGCCUUUCUCCACAAGGAGAAAAGAGUGGAAAUGCUGAAAAAUUAGCUGAAUAUAUUUGCUCAAGAGAGAAACCUCGUUCAUCAUCUCUUCUUUUUCCUUGCGGAGCCCUGAAAAGAGAAGUACUUCCUACAGCGCUUAAAGAAAAAGGCAUACCUCUGGAGAGCCUGACUGUGUACCAGACUGCCCAACACGAGCAUCUCCAGCAGUCACUGAGCAGCUAUUUCUCACAGCAGGGAAUUCCAGCCAGCAUUGUGUUCUUCAGUCCAUCUGGUGUCAAGUUUUGCCUCCAGCACAUUCAGAAGCUUUCUGGUGAUUCUGCCAACCACAUAAAGUUUGCUGCUAUUGGUCCAACAACUGCAGAAGCCAUGGAGGCAGCAGGAAUCCCAGUAAGCUGCACUGCAGAGAGUCCCACUCCUCAAGACCUCACAGCUGGGCUCCAAAAAGCACUUCACCCACAGAACUGCAUUUUAUCUGACUGAGAGCACCGCAUGUGUUUGUGGUUCUCUACAGAAGGCUUUUUCAUUUUGCAGACCUGCUGUCCUGCAAUGAAGUAUUGUUUGGGAAUACACAACACUGUCCUGGCAGCACCUUGUGUGAGCUGCCAGCACAUAUCUAAGAAAUCUGGAAUUUGUCUAGCAUGUCCUGAAGCCCCUUUUUCUUAUGUGUGCAGUCCCAGGAAACAAACUGUGAGAGGCCACCAGUGCAUCAGAGUAAUAUAUUGACAUUUUGUGUUCCAUGUGUCACCUCAGGUAUCUCCUAGUGCACAAGGUGAGGUUUCCACUUCUCUGUGUAUAGUCAGUUUCUCCAUGCACAUCUUCUGUUGUAAAAGAAGAUCGUACUUAUGAAGUAUUUUCUGUUGCAAAGCUUAUUCAUUGUUCUCCUUCUGAAAUAUUUAUAUUAAGAGAUGAUUGCAGAUUCUCAGUGGAGCAGGAUAAUUCUUGUACUGUUGCACUGAGUGAAGCUAACAGGAGGUCAGUUAUUGACACAUCCUUGCAGUAUGGAGUCUUAAAAAAAUAAGGUUUCAUUUCUAUUUCUGUAGAGAAGGAUUUGUAAACAGAGAAAUAAAG